CUUUUUCAGAUAAAGAUCUAAUUUGCAAUGGUGAACGAUGAAGGCGGUGAAAAAAAAACAAACCCUGAGAAACUUACCGGCUACGACUUCUACCGCUCCUCCCUGGGAUCCCCGCGCUACGUCGUGGCACCCAUGGUGGACCAAAGCGAGUUGGCCUGGCGAAUGCUCUGCCGGCGAUAUGGCGCAGAGCUCUGCUACUCGCCAAUGUACCAUGCAAACCUUUUUGCCACAGACCCCAAGUAUCGCAAGGACGCUUUACAGACGUGUCCCGAGGACAGGCCACUGAUUAUCCAGUUCUGCGGCAACGAUGCCCAACAAAUUUUGGACGCAGCCCUCUUGGCUCAGGACCACUGCGAUGCGGUGGAUAUUAAUUUGGGCUGUCCACAAGCUAUAGCCAGGAGGGGUCACUACGGGUCCUUUCUGCAGGACGAAUGGGAACUGUUGACAGAAAUUGUGAGCACACUGCACGCUAAGCUAUCCAUACCUGUGACCUGCAAGAUUCGUAUUUUCGAGGACCUUGAGAAGACCAUUAGAUAUGCCAAGAUGUUGGAGGAUGCCGGCUGCCAGCUACUCACUGUCCACGGGAGGACCAGGGAGCAGAAGGGUCCUUUGACUGGCGUUGCCGAUUGGAAUUACAUUAAGGAAGUGAGGAAUCACAUCAAAAUUCCCAUGAUUGCCAACGGUAACAUUCUGGGACUGGAAGAUGUCCAUCGCUGCCUAACCGAAACGGGAGUCGAUGGGGUAAUGACCGCCGAGGGCAAUCUCCACAAUCCGGCUAUCUUCCAGGGAGUGUCGCCACCUGUUUGGCAAAUGGCCCAUGAGUACUUGGAGCUGGUCCAGCUCCACCCCUGUCCAAGCUCCUACAUACGAGGACAUCUCUUCAAGCUCUUCCAUCACAUUAUGAACAUCAGGCAGAACUCGGAACUCAGACAAUACCUUGCUACUGCCAAUCAGCUAGGGCAAUUCCAAACUGUCGUGCAAGAGGUGCGGGCGAAAUAUGAACCCUUCCAUAAGGGCGAACUUCCUUACGAGCCCGAACCAAUGGCCGCCGGAUCAGAAGAAGAUAAGCUACUGCUGGCCCCUUGGCUGUGCCAACCCUACAUUCGGGCCUCACCCGAAUCCCACCUCCAAAAAAUCGCGGAAAAAGUGCGUGAGGCCGAAGAUCCUAAUAGAGCUAAGCGGCAGUACUUUGAUAAGGACGGCAACGAGAUCUCCCGAAAACGGAUGAAAAAACUGCGUAGGCGUCAGCGGAGACCGAACAAAACGGAUACACAGAUUCAACAUCGGCAUGAAAGACGCCUGGAAUACUGCACAGAAUGCACCAAUCCCCAGGGAUCCAAGUGUGAGUUUCGGCUGUGUCGUGUCUGCUGUAAGGACAGGUGCUACAACAAUGAUCACGACUGUCCUGGUCACGGGAUCUUGAUCAAAUCCCGCAGAGCCAAGGCUAAGCAAUUUGAGCAUCACAUAGCGCAGGAGGGCAACCAAGACGUGUCGAGAAGUCCAGACAGCGGACCGGCGAUAGUUGCGAUUGAUGCACAAAAUCCACUUUGACGUUGACGAAACUUUGUUCCUAUGACGCUAUUAUAAAUACAUUACAAAUAAAUAUAUUUUUUUAUUACAAUCU